UUAUUUUCUACCAUUUUUCCUCUUUCGAUAUCUCUUAAAAACCAGUAUCGACCAUGAGAUUGAUUCUUCACUUCGAUUCGAUUAGAUCUCGAUCACGAUAUCACUCUCCCGCCUUUUAUCCCCCUCCUUCUCAUAACCUACAAUGCCUACCAUCGCUGGACCCAGUUCUUCCCCUCACAAACACAUGGUAGCCGCCAGAUCGGAUAAUAUCGGAGGUCUUAGAUCCGCCGAAGUCAACACUCCGCGGAAACGGAAGUUGAGAUCGGAUUCCGCCGCGGAGGUUGCAGCGACAACGGUCUUGCUUGAGAAUUCGGUAUCGACGCCGAUGAAAUGGAAAUCUCCUCGCCGUUGUGCUGUUUCAAGCCCCAGGACGCUUAAAGAGGAGGUCAAUGAAGAUUCUAAUGAGAAACUGGAAAGUCCUGUGAUAUCAGCCGUGGAAAAGCAAUUUGAUUGUUUAGAUGUUAAAUCAAAGUGGAAUCCUAGAGAUGAUGAUCAAAUGAAAGCUGUGAAGGAGGCGUUGCACGUGUCGAAGGCACCAUCAACUGUUGUUUGCCGUGAGGAUGAACAAAAACGGGUUUUAGAGUUUGUGAAAGGUUGCAUGGAACAGAAGAAGGCUGGGAGUUUGUACAUAUGUGGCUGCCCUGGAACGGGAAAGUCACUAUCGAUGGAGAAAGUAAGACAACAAGCUGAAGACUGGGCUAAGCAGGAAGACUUGCCUUGCCCGGAAACAGUAACUGUUAAUUGCACAUCACUGGCGAAAACAACAGAUAUUUUCUCCAAGAUACUUGGUGAAAUUGAGACUGGGAAGAAAGCUAAUGGCUCCUCUACAGCUCUACAACAACUUCAGAUUUUGUUUUCUCAAAAUCAAAAAUCUUCCAGCUCAAAGAUGAUGCUAAUAAUUGCAGAUGAGAUGGAUUACUUGAUCACAAGAGAUCGAGGUGUACUUCAUGAGCUUUUUAUGCUUACAACGUUGCCAUUUUCAAGGUGUAUACUUAUAGGUGUAGCAAAUGCAAUAGACCUCGCAGAUCGUUUCCUUCCAAAAUUGAAGUCUCUUAAUUGCAAACCUUUGGUUGUCACUUUCCGUGCCUAUUCCAACGAGCAGAUUCUUCGGAUACUGCAGGAGAGGCUUGGGGCACUUCCAUAUGAUGCAUUUCAGUCAAAAGCCUUGGAGCUUUGUGCCAGAAAAGUAUCAGCUGCAUCAGGAGACAUGAGAAAGGCUCUAUGUGUCUGCAGGAGUGCCUUAGAAAUCUUAGAAACAGAAGUUAAAGGAUCAACAGAUCAAGAACCACAAAGUCCAGAUACAGAGGAUCAAGUGGUCAAAAUGGAUCAUAUGCUAGCUGCAUUGUCCAAGACUUUCAAAUCUCCAGUAGUUGACACCAUUAAGUCUCUUCCUCAACACCAGCAAAUCAUAGUCUGUUCUGCUGCAAAGGCCUUUAGAGGAAGCAAAAAGGACAGAACCAUUGCAGAGUUAAAUAAGUUAUACCUAGAAAUCUGUAAAUCAUCGGCGAUAACUCCAGCUGGAAUUACAGAGUUCACUAACAUGUGUACAGUGCUAAACGACCAGGGGAUUUUAAAACUCAGUCAUGCUCGGGACGAUAAGCUAAAGAGAGUGAGCCUGAGAGUAGAAGAAGCAGACAUCACAUUUGCUCUUAAGUCACUUCUCUUCAAACUGUUAAGCGAAAGACUGAAAGAGUUAAAAAUAAACGCGAUCACUGAGAUGUCUUCCGUUUCAAUCUUCUCCGUCAAAUCUGAUUUUUCCGCCGUCAAGGCCGUAGCCGUUACGCGCCAUCAGCCGCCGCCGCCACCAUUUCCUUCGCUCCGGUUCCCGUCGUCGUCGGUCGCUUCCCCGACGACUACUUCUCUUCACUUUGACGGUGGAUCAUCUAUCUCCCGAUCAAAUCUCCUCCCAGUCUCGCGUCUUCGUCCUAUCGAAUGCUCUUCUUCAUCUACUCCAUCUUUAGAUUUACCAGCGGACCAGCUGACGAAAUUCAAGGAAGCAGCGGGGAAGGGAAACUUAGUUCCUCUAUACCGAUGCGUAUUCUCGGAUCAUUUGACUCCGAUACUUGCUUACCGAUGCUUAGUGAAAGAAGACGAUAGAGAUGCUCCUAGCUUCUUGUUCGAGUCAGUGGAGCCUGGUCUUCAAGCUUCCAAUAUCGGGAGGUAUAGUGUAGUUGGAGCUCAACCAACAAUAGAGAUCGUUGCAAAGGGGAAUGUGGUCACUGUGAUGGACCAUGGAGCUGGUCUCAGGACAGAAGAGGAAGUUGAAGAUCCGAUGAUGGUUCCUCAAAAAAUCAUGGAGGAGUGGGAACCACAACGUAUUGAUGAAUUGCCUGAAGCUUUUUGCGGUGGUUGGGUAGGUUACUUCUCUUACGACACUGUGCGUUAUGUUGAGAAGAAGAAGCUUCCCUUUUCAAAUGCUCCAGCAGAUGAUAGGAGUCUUCCUGAUGUUCAUUUGGGACUUUACGAUGAUGUGAUCGUCUUUGAUCAUGUCGAGAAGAAAGCUUAUGUGAUCCAUUGGGUGCGGAUAGAUAAAGAUCGUUCUGUUGAGGAUAAUUUUAGUGAUGGAAUGAAUCGGUUGGAGUCUCUAACCUCUAGAAUUCAAGAUCAAAAACCCCCAAAGAUGCCUACUGGUUUCAUAAAACUACGCACUGAGCAGUUCGGUCCUAAAUUGGAGAAAUCAACUAUGACGAGUGAGGUAUACAAGGAGGCAGUGUUGGAAGCCAAAGAACAUAUCUUGGCUGGUGACAUCUUUCAGAUAGUUCUUAGUCAGAGGUUUGAAAGACGCACAUUUGCGGAUCCAUUUGAGAUUUAUAGAGCUCUUAGGAUCGUAAAUCCAAGCCCCUACAUGGCCUAUUUGCAGGCAAGAGGAUGCAUAUUAGUUGCUUCAAGUCCAGAAAUAUUGUUACGUUCCAAAAAGGCAAGUAGGGAAAUUACCAAUCGCCCACUUGCUGGAACUGUCAGGCGAGGAAAGACACUAAAAGAAGAUCUAAUGCUGGAAAAAGAGCUCUUAAGCGAUGAGAAACAAUGCGCAGAGCAUAUUAUGCUUGUUGAUUUGGGAAGGAACGAUGUUGGCAAGGUUUCAAAGCCCGGUUCUGUGAAGGUUGAGAAGCUGAUGAAUAUAGAACGGUAUUCACAUGUCAUGCACAUAAGCUCCACGGUAAAAGGUGAAUUACUCGAUAACCUAACAAGCUGGGACGCUCUUAGAGCUGCACUUCCCGUUGGAACCGUGAGCGGAGCUCCAAAGGUGAAAGCCAUGGAGCUGAUUGAUGAACUGGAAGUAACGAGACGUGGUCCUUACAGUGGUGGCUUUGGAGGCAUCUCGUUUAACGGAGACAUGGACAUCGCCUUGGCUCUCAGAACAAUGGUCUUCCCAACAAAUCCUCGUUACGACACGUUGUACUCUUACAAGCAUCCUCAGAGACGCCGAGAGUGGAUCGCUCAUAUUCAGGCUGGAGCUGGAGUUGUUGCAGACAGUAACCCUGACGAUGAACAGAAAGAGUGUGAGAACAAAGCAGCGGCAUUAGCACGAGCCAUUGAUCUUGCUGAGUCUUCUUUUCUUGAGACACCUGAGGUUAACACUACCAUCACACUUGGCAUCAACAAUGUC